GGGACACGCUCAGAGUUGCGGCCGGGACGUGCAUCCACAUUGUGCCGGUUGGCCACCCAGUGUUUGCUGUGGCAUACUUGGAGGACAUGCUGCUAUCGCCUGAUGGCUGGCUGCCUGAGUACGUCCCCCCCCGGCUGGAGGGCAGUUGGCUCUACCUGGUCAAUGAUGAUGAGCCCUGUCUGCUAAAGACUGCUGCUGACCGCCGCCUCGCUCUUAGAGCAGACAUAGCAGCGCAAGUCGGAUACCCCGAGGAGAGCAUUCAUGUUUACCCUGGAGUUCCAAGGGUUGGCGACUUCUACGAAUACGGUGCAGGAGCCCAGCAGAUCCUCAUUGUCACGCAGCUUGCCUCACCAGAACCGGGCACGGGUGUCGACAGAAGCCCGUUCAUCCUCGACCUGCGGCCCAUUCAUUGUGGGAUCACUUGGGGUUUUGCGCGGCUGGGGCGGGUCGAGUCUAGGAUGCUCGUUGAGCGGUUCUCUGACUUCUGCCCUGCAGGGUACUACGUCUCCCUCUCCGGCGGACGCCAGAGGUUGCAGUUUGAAGGCCUGUUCUUUGAAAUGCAGCCCGGGGAGGUCAUGACUGUCGAUUUUCGGCGGGAGCUCGUCGACGAUAGUGGGACCGACGAUGAGGGGAGCACUGGGGCUUCUGAUUCAUCCAAUCCGUCGCCGCAUCGAAAUGGAGAGGCGCCCCCACCUCCGCCCGCCUCGCAGGAUGGUCAAAGUUCAGACGAGGAUAGUCCGUUCCGAGAUGCAAGGGAGCCCGACGCUCGCAGCCUCCGCAACCAGCCCGGCAAGCUCACAAUUGCUUCUGCUGGCCGGGUGAUCCCAACACCUGCCAGAGCCCAUCAGGCACAGCCAGCCGUGCUGCACGCAGACGAAGGAACAAGCGAAGGUGGUGUUAUAGUUGACGGCGAGGAGGAGGUUGUCAGCGGAGCCGAGGAUUGCAUCACGAGCGGAAGUAGCCCGCAGACCAUUGACCUUGCCGAGUGUGUGCCACUCUCGCCGUUCCAGCAGCAGGUUCUCAGCUUGCACGCCAUAAUUCCUGCAACUGUCUCAUGCGAAAGGCCGGGUGCUCUCGUAGAUUGGUUGGACAGUGACCUUCGGGGCCUUCGGGCAGACCCUCUCGUCCCCCAAGCCAAGCUCCAGUUGUUUGAGUCGAUUUCUCUUUGGGCCAACUGCUCCGGUGAAGACUGUCCCACGGAUGUGGUUGUUUACACCGACGGAUCGGCUAGGUCCGGACAGGACAUUCAUGACAUUUCUCCUGGAGGCUGGGCCGUUUCGGUGUGGGUCAGGUGUGGUCCGGAAGGCCGGGAGCAUUUCGUUGGCUGCGCGUCGGAUGUUCUUGUUGAUGAACUCGACAACAGAUUCGUGGGUGCUUCCGAGGAUGACCCACUAGUGUGCGAGCAGCUUGCUCUGGCUUGGGGCUUUGCGUGGGUGAUUGAGUUCGGCCCGAGCUUUCGCCUGCCAGUCACCAUUCGCUACGAUUGCCUGUCUGCCGGACGAGGAGCGUUUGGGGUUGCCAAGGCACCUCGAAUUAAUGAAGGGGAUGCCACCUCGGCCAUGUCCUUGUUCCUGUGCUACUUGCGGCAACUCGCCGAGGCACGUGUGUCCCUUACACACGACCACAUUAGAGCCCACGCAGGACACGUUGCCAACGAGCUCUGCGAUGAACUGGCUAAGCGGGCCAGGCGCUGUGAAGAGGCGUGCAGCGGCGAACUCCUUCCUUUGUGGCCAGGGCAGCUUUUUCGCCAUCCGCUUAAGGCAUGGGCGUGGCUCCCGGCCUCGGGUACUUGUGACCUUCCGGCCCUGUUUUCCUUUGAGACCGAGGCUUCCAGAUUACAGCAAGCCGACCUGGUUGGGAGCGAGCCGCCCUCGAUGGGCAAGCAGUGUCCGCCGGCUACCGAAGGGCGGACCGACUAUAGGAUUUGUGUAGUCACUGCCAAUGUUCUGACCCUCCUAGAUCCAAAGCCAGGCCCUCACCCAGUGAACUGUAGUGAGGGACAGGGUUUGAGGGUAACUGCCAAGCGCGAGGUCCUGAAGCGCCAGUUCAAUGACGUUCGGGCCCUCCUUAUAGGGCUGCAAGAGACGAGACUCCGUGAGGCGGCACUGAUGCCGGAUGGCCAGUACUUCAUGCUGCACGCCCCGGCUGAUGAUGAUGGCCACCACGGGGUAGCACUGUGGGUCAGCAAAGAGCACCCAUACGCAUACCACCAAGGAAAGCCCCUAUUUCUGCAGCUCCAACAUAUGGCGGUGACAGUCAGCGAGUCUCGCUUAAUGGUGGUGCAGAUCUGUGCCCCCAAGCUCUCCUGGACGGUCGUCGUCGCACAUGCCCCUUCGGACUCAUCGCCGGACUCAAGGGUCGCACGUGCCUUCUGGAAUCGCUGCCGCAAGGCUUUGAGCCGCAAGCCGGCCAAAUCGGAGAUAGUGCUCCUAGCUGAUGCAAAUGCCCGAGUUGGGAGUCUGCCCUCAGACUCUAUUGGAGGCUGCGAUCAUGACGAGGAAUCACUCACAGGGCAGGUGCUGCACCAGUUUGCUGUGGAUGAGCAGCUCUGGCUCCCUUCCACCUUUUCAGGGUGCCAUACGGGCCCCAGUCCCACUUGGGUCUCCCCAGCCGGCCAAGCCUUCCGCAUCGACUACAUAGGUGUCCCGCUAACCUGGCCGGAGUCCUCGGUUCGGACUUGGGUCUGGCGGGAGUUCGAGUCGCUGCAAGUGCGAGAUGAUCACUUUCCUCUGGUGCUGCAAGCGGACUUUAACAGAGGUGCCUUGCCCGAAGGUCAGGCCAUUUUUCGGAGACAGGCGAUCCGCCCUCCUCGAGAUGCCCCAUCUGAGGACUAUGUUAGUGCCUUGACAGCGAUCACGCGCAUGCCCGCCGCCUCCUGGGGGGUAGGCGUGGACGAGCACUUCAAGAAUGUUGUGCAAGCAUGGCAGGAGGCCGGCCAGCUUCUGUGUGAGCGUCCCGGCGCAGAGGCCAGGCAGACCUACUUGUCUGACGACACAUUGCGUUUGGUGUCGUGGCGCAAGGCUUGGAGACGUCGCCUGCGCGCUCUUAAAGAGUCUCAACGGGGUCGGCGUCUUGCGGCUUGUUUGCUUGCCUGGGUUUGUUAUGCUGGAUCUAUUCACCCCAAUGAGGCACAGGGGGCGGCACUUUGGACCUGGGCGCGAGGCUUCGAUGUCGAAGUUGCACAAGCCGCGAUGCUGGUCUCUCGCCUUGGGCGUGUGAUCAAAGGAGCAGCCAAGGCCGACCGGGUGGCCUAUCUCGGUCGUCUGGUCGAGGAUGUGUCGCUUGCUGAUCUUAAGGACCCCAAGAUCUUGUUUCAGCGCGUUCGCAAGGCUUUCCCGCAAACAAGGCCGUCAAGGCGCCCUCUUCUUUGCCCGCUCCCAGCCGUCCAGGGCACAGAGGGUGAAUUGGCUUGUAGUGCAGCUGACAGGUUCGAGCAAUGGCGAGCCCACUUUGCCACGCAGGAAGCAGGUGACCAGGUCGCGGAUCCAAUGUACAUCGCCUCCCUCCGUGAUCAGAAGGGAGCGACCCCUGCUCUCAGCCCCGUGUUCGACCUGCACUGCAUACCUACGUUGACUGCAGUCGAGCAGACGCUAUGCGGCCUCCCCUUCGGAAAGGCAGCAGGCUACGACAAAAUCACUGGGGAACUGCUCCGCGUUCAUGCGCCGUCCUCUGCCAGACUGCUGACCCCACUGUACGCCAAAGCUGCCUUGGGCUUGUAUGAGCCGAUCGAGUUCCGGGGGGGGGCUCUGAUCCCCCUAGCCAAACGCGCAGCAGCGUCUAUGACGUGCGAGAAGUUCAGGAGUGUGUUGGUGUCCAGCCUCCCCGGCAAGAUUUACCACAGGCAAUUGCGGACGAUGCUGCUUCCAGCUCUACAGCGAGUUCGAGGGGAUACGCAGGCGGGGGCGAUCCCAGGCAUCUCCACAGAGGCCAUUGCCAUGGUGGCUAGAUCAUUCCGAGACAUAAUGUCCCACAGACGCCAAGCUUGGGCGCUUACCUUCUUCGAUGUUCGCGCGGCGUACUACAGAGUCAUCCGCCAAGUGCUGUUGGAAGUAGGUGAUACCGAGAAGGCACUGCGCAGGCUCAUGCACGACCUCGGCGUGCCCCAUGAGGCCUUCCACGAGCUCCUCUCUCGACUCACGGCCAUCGGUGCCGUGACCGCGGGGGGCACCUCGGAGCAUCUGAGGGGCAUCCUGUCCGAUGCCCUUCAGGGCACAUGGUUUCGUCUUGACCUUGGGUCCGCCUUAACCAUUACGCACAGGGGUGUGCGUCCGGGGGAUAGUCUUGCGGAUGUUUUGUUUGCGUUCACAUUCAGUGCCUACGUCGCGUCAACCGACAGGGCCCUUGAGCAAGCAGGUCUUUCUACGGCCAUGCCAGACUGUGGAACGCCGAGCCUAUGGUCAGCACUAACUCCUCCUCCUCUUCUGGGUUGCGGAUCAUGGGCGGAUGAUUUUGUGCAAAUGACUGCACAUUCAUGCCCCAGUUCUAUUGCCUCUCGCGUUACCCGGAUAGUAGGUGUGUUUGCGGAGCAAGCGGAGUCUGUCGGCAUUCAGCUGACGUUCGCGCCGGACAAAACAGCCACAAUGCUGUCACAUGUCGAAGGCCAAGUUCCCCCGGUCAGCCGUGACGAUGAGGGACUGUUCCUCUCCGUCUGCAGUUCUGUGACAGGCAUGAUCUACAGGCUGCCCAUAGUAGAUGCCUACAGACACCUCGGGGGGAUCGCUACCACAUCGGGCACCCCAGUGCCGGAAAUUGGCUACCGCCACUCCCUUGCGAUGUUAGCCGUCAGGCCCCUCCGGUCCCGCCUGUAUUCGGCCUAUGGCAUUCCUCUCGAGAUCAGGCGCAAUCUGUUACGCUCUCUCGCCGUCUCCCGGUACAUCUUUGGCAGUGCGGCGCUGCCCCUGCACACAGCAAUCCACAGGCGGCUUUGGUCCAAGCACUACGUGGCGCUCUGGAGGCACUUGUGGAGGCGAGGUCAGGGUGAGCAUUACAGGCACUGCUUUGCUGUGCUGGGGCCCGCGGGGGCCCCUCCACCUCCUCUUGCACUGGCGAUGUCCAGGGCUGUGCUCCUCCGGCAGAUCACCGCACACGGGCCGGCCACUCUCCAACAACUUCUGCAUGUGCAGAGGCAAGAAUCUCCCAAGACUGCUUGGUUGGGAUCUGUGCAACGGGACAUCGAGCAUGUUGCACAGUAUGUCCCAGCGGCCCGGACCCUUCUUGGUACCCAGGACCCUGUUCGCUCCCUUGUCGAAGCGAUCAGCGACGACAAUGGCUGGUGGGUUCGCCAAAUCAAAGCGGCGAACAAACUCGCUGUGUCCGAUAUGGUCAAGUGGGUGCAGGCCAGGCCUGGCCCCUCGCCGGAGGCCAAUAUGGCUGGCAACAUUGCUGGCGAUGGUACGGACACUCCCGGUCCCUCCUUCCAGCACCAGGCACACCUCAAGCACAAUGACGAGUGUCUUUUGCAGUCAUGCCUUCGGGUGCCGCACAUGCCCAUAUCGGAGGUCCGGGAGGUGGAGAGUGCCGAGGUUCACCAGGCGAAGUGUAUUCGCCGCGGCGCCUGGGAGGCGUUCUCUGCAGCUCUUCCGACGCAGCAAUGCCAGGGUCCCAAAGUGCUGACCGCGGAGGAGCGCAUCACGCUCCUGGGGGAGGACCUAGAUUUGGGUCUUCUCUCCCGCCUUUUCAGGCCUGAUCCGACCUUUCUGUCUUGGGUCAUUUCCUUCAUCCAGGGAAGGUCUAAGGAGGGACCGAAGGGAUAUGCCGCAUCCUUUUGGGACGUCCGACCUGGACAACACCAGUUUCACCCGAAUUCUAGAUGCUAUGGACGUGAUGCCGAAGGCUGGCUCACCAUUGAGCUUGUUCAGGUGAUCGACUCUUUGCUGCGUGGCUUUGAAGAGCUGGCCUCCCAGUCCGGGUCAGAGAUAGCGGCCACUGCCAAGGGAAGAACAGCCCAGGCCAACGCGCAGAACAUGAUGCAAAGCUGA